UCUGGGUCUGGGUGGUGACUCUGUUACCCAAACGCCAUUGAAACUUCAGAAGUGAGGCUCUUAUAUUAUAUAGUUUACGGUUUAGUGUUUUAGUCCCACUCGGUGCAAUUGUAUCUUUCUAAUUAUUGUUAAAAAUAAGAGUUUGAGUGAACAUGUUAUUUUGAGUUAAAAUCAUUUCAGACUUUCGUUCCGUUGAUUCUCGAAUUCCGUUGAGUUAGUGCCAAUGGUUUCCCGCCAGAUUCAACUGCUCAUUCAACGGUCAAGUUCUGCUGCUCAUCUACUCCAACUCCACUCUCUCGUCCUUAAAACCGGUCUCGAUCACAACCCCAACUUCGUCUCUCACUACAUAUAUGCUGCCUGCUCAAUUUCGGUCGAAUUUUCCAAACUGGUCUUUGAUCAUAUACCCAUUAAGCCUCCACUCUUUGCUUGGAAUUCAAUUAUCAGAGCCUUUACAAACAGCUCAAAUCCACUUGAAUCGCUCAACUUCUUCUUUCAGCUUCACAGAAUUGGGCUUAAACCCGACAAUUUUACGUACCCUUUUGUUUUGAAAGCAUGCGGUCGAUGUUCAAUUGUUGGAGUAGGUGGGCCUGUGCAUUCUUUGAUUCUCAAGGUGGGUUUUGAUUCGGACCGGUAUAUACGGAAUACCCUUUUGAGGAUGUAUGCUGCUUGUGGCGCAAUCAGGCUUGCAAGGCGGGUGUUUGAUGAAAUGACUGUUAGAGAUGUGGUUUCUUGGAGCUCUAUGAUUGCAGGAUAUGUAGCAUGCAAUUGUCCCUUGGAUGCCUUUAAGGUUUUUCAAGACAUGAAACUAGCGAAUGAAAACCCAAAUUCAGUCACUUUGGUAAGCUUGCUUUCUGCCUGUACCCGCCUACUUAAUUUUAGAGCAGGAGAGUCCAUUCAUUGCUACAUUGUUGUCAAUUGCAUUGGGAUAGAUGUUGCUUUGGGGACAGCUCUCCUUGAGAUGUAUUCUAAGUGUGGGCACGUUGAGAAAGCCUUCCAAGUUUUCAAUUCAAUGAGUGAGAAGAAUUUGCAGUCUUGGACAAUUAUGAUCUCUGGUCUUCCCGAUCAUGGUCAUGGAAAGGAUGCUAUCUCAUUGUUUACCCGCAUGGAACAAACUGGGCUGGUACCAGACAGCAUGUCAUUUUCUGCCAUCUUGUCAGCUUGUAGCCAUUUGGGCCUCGUACAUAAAGGUCGACAAUUUUUCAAUCAGAUGGUGAGAACGUAUGGUAUUCAGCCAACAUUGGAACAUUAUGGAUGCUUAGUAGAUUUGCUUGGAAGAGCUGGUCUGAUUGAAGAAGCUUAUGAGAUUAUCAAAAAUAUGCCAAUGGAGCCUAACUCUGUUAUAUUGAGGAGCUUCUUGUGUGCUUGUAGGAACCAUGGCGUGGCUAUUACUUUAGAUGAUAAACUCAGGAAACUCCUUAUAUCAGAGCCUAACCUGGGAGCAAACUAUGUACUUGCUGCUAGUGUGUCUUCUCUUUCUGGUUGUUGGAAUGAUGCUGCUGAUCUACGAGUAGCCAUGAAACAGAAUGGUUUGGUAAAGGUUCCCGGGUGCAGUUGGGUGGAGGUAGGUGGUGGUGGUUCUACUGCAGCUACUAUAAACGAGCCUCUAGUGUAAGUUUCAUUUCCAGGAGGCUAAAGUUAGAAUGUUUGCAGAGAGGGGAUGGACAGAAUGGCCAAGAGGAAAGAAAGGACCCUGAGGAAAGCUGGAUAAGGAUGACUGGUCAAGAAAGGUAAUAAAGUGAUAGAGCAUCCAAAUUUGGAAUUGGACGGUGAGAAGUGUAAACUGGUGAUUAUUAGGAUUUGAUUCUUUAUUCUUGUUUCUUUGGAUAGUGUUGGAGUCCCGACCAGAAAAUCAAGCUUUGUUGGUGCUUAUUAGAAUUUCGCUGAAUGUCAAGAGCAGAUUGGGACAUCGCAACUAAACUUUUUCCUAGAUGCCGCUGUAAAUUUCAGUUAGGAGUGGAUGCAUUUCUAUGAGAUUUUCAUCUGGGGAAUGAACAUGAGGCUUGCAGAAGGUGCAAGAAAUGGUAUUUAAAAAUAUCGGACUUUGCUUCCUGAUCUGCAAGUAGUCAUAGGAGAUUGCUUCUAAUUCAUUCAGCCUCCGGACUGCAAACUCUCCGACUUAUGAACAAAGAAAAAUACUUCUAGGUAUAAAUUGUGGAAGUUCACACUAAUCGUAGAGCACAGAGUUGCUGAUCUAUUCAUUUCAUGCAUGAUGCAUUCUGAUAAAUUCUGCAUUGUCAAGUUGCUUGAUGUGUCCCCUUUAUGCCAAGCACAAGUUUGCUUUGUGUGCAUCACUAGCAGUGGUAGUCGAUACUUGAGUUGCUCAAGUUACCAUUAUUACUUCUUGGGGUAAUUUCAACCAUUUGUAGCAUUGGAUUACCAGCCCCUGUGUGAGAAUUAUGGUGGGAACCGAAAGUGUUUUUGACAGUGACAUUUUUUAUGCACACUCUAAAUAUUACCGAUUCUAAUUUUGGCAAAAUCCAUUUGAGAUUCUUGUGAAAUCCCAUCAUUGCCCUCACUUUCCAUGGUGAGUAGCUCAAUCCAUGAUCACAUGCUUCCACAUGGGAGGGUUAAAUUCCAACUUAAACUUGGUAAAUUGUUCCCUCUGUUAUAAAAGGCAAAAUGGAACAAAAGUUUCAACAGUACAGACCUCAAUUAUUUUUCCUGCUGAGCAGUAUAUGCUAAGUCCAGCAGAGUAACUACAAAAAAGGAGACAUAUAUGGGCCUUUUACUUGUACGCCUGUGCAUACCCCCACUCACUCCGCAAGUUUCACUCUCUGAACACUAAGCUUCUUGCUCAUGGCUUCAGCUCCCAGAUCAAGUUCUUGGUUUUUCAAUCUCUCAGAAAAUUGGCUCCCAAUGGCUACUAUGAUACUCAUUUGUGGGUUUGUAGGUUACGUGGUUUACGACGCUGUAAUGGCCACAGUAUCCGAGCUGCUGCAACGUUUGCUGGUAAUUUCUCCUUUGCUUAUAGUCAUUGUAGUUCAUUGGCUCUCCACAGGCAGCCAAGUUAGCAUUAGCAUUCCAGGGUCUGAGCCUGGAGCCAUCCACAGAGCAGGAGGCUCACCUUGGGGUGUGGCCUUUGUACUAUUUCUGCUUUUCUUUCUCAUUUCUUACCAACCUUCCUUGCAUGGCCUUCUUUUCUAGCUUAAUGGAUGUCUCUCUGUCUCUCUGUCUCUCUGUUCAGAGGACAAGUAUGAAUAUGUAAUGUUAUGCUGCUUCUCCUUCAUGUGAUUUGACUUUCAUUUGAUGGCUAUCCUUUUUCAAUGGAAUAUGAAUGGAAUCAUAUAUUGUAUGUAUC